AUGUUGGAGGAGGAGGAGAAGAAGAAGGCCAGAAUAGGAUCGAAGAGGAGGAGGAUUGAUAGAAGUGGAGAGGAGAGUUCAGGACAGAAUAGGAUGAAGGUGAAGAUCGAUGUGAUGACAGUCAAGGACGGUAGGGAAGGGGGCGCGAGGAGAAGAGAUGGAGGGGGGCAGGGAAGAGGUGCAGAUGAGUGUGGUGAAUAUAAGGAAGGGAAAAGGAAAGAAGGGAAGAUUAGGAUGGUGAGGAGGAUGAGGAUGAUGGUGAAGAGGAAGAAGGGAAGAUUAGGAUGGGAGGUGACUGGAGGAAGAACGUUAGACGAGGAAGAGGUGAAAAGGAUAAGAGGAAUUCAAGAUAAGAGGAAGGAAGAAUCGAAGAAGACACAAAGGGAAGGAACAUAUAAGAGAAGAGAAGUAGAAGUAGAAAAGUGGAGGAAGAGGGACGGGGAGUGUUGUGAGCAACACACGGAGAUCAAGUACUCUCCCAAAAAGGAUAUGACACCAACAUCCAUCACUGAAUAUCUGAGUACAACACUAGAGAACUUUGCCCCUCUAUGCCUACGAAGAGUUCUGGCUGUGGCUGUGGCUGAGGAAGAGGCUGUGGCUGUAGUUCUGGUUGUGGCUGUGGCUCUGGCUGUGGCUGUGGCUGUGGCUGAGGAUGAGGAUGAGGCUGUGGUUGUGACUGUGGCUGAGGAUGAGGCUGUGGUGGUGUAUGUGGCUGUGGCUGUGGCUGAGGAUGAGGUUGUGGUGGUGUCUGUGUCUGUGGCUGAGGUUGUGACUGUGGCUGAGGAUGAGGCUGUGGUGGUGUCUGUGUCUGUGGCUGAGGAAGAGGCUGUGGCUGUAGUUCUGGUUGUGGCUGUGGCUCUGGCUGUGGCUGUGGCUGUGGCUGAGGAUGAGGUUGUGGUGGUGUCUGUGUCUGUGGCUGAGGUUGUGACUGUGGCUGAGGAUGAGGCUGUGGAUGAGGCUGUGGUUGUGACUGUGGCUGAGGAUGAGGCUGUGGUGGUGUCUGUGGCUGAGGUUGUGACUGUGGCUGAGGAUGAGGCUGUGGCUGUAGUUCUGGCUGUGGCUGUGGCUGAGGAUGAGGCUGUGGCUGCUGUGGUUGUGACUGUGGCUGAGGAUGAGGCUGUGGUGGUGUCUGUGGCUGAGGUUGUGACUGUGGCUGAGGAUGAGGCUGUGGCUGUAGUUCUGGCUGUGGCUGAGGAUGAGGCUGUGGCUGUUGUGACUGUGGCUGAGGAUGAGGCUGUGGUGGUGUCUGUGGCUGAGGUUGUAACUGUGGCUGAGGAUGAGGCUGUGGUGGUGUCUGUGGCUGAGGUUGUGUCUGUGGCUGAGGAUGAGGCUGUGGUGGUGUCUGUGUCUGAGGUUGUGACUGUGGCUGAGGAUGAGGCUGUGGUGGUGUCUGCGGCCGAGGAUGAGGCUGUGGAUGAGGCUGUGGUGGUGUCUGUGGCUGAGGUUGUGACUGUGGCUGAGGAUGAGGCUGUGGUGGUGUCCGUUGCUGAGGAUGAGGCUGUGGUGGUGUCUCUGGCUGAGGAUGAGGCUGUGGUUGUGGUUGUUGCUGUGGCAGAGGAUGAGGCUGUGGAUGAGGCUGUGGCUGAUGCUGUGGCUGAGGCUGAGGCUGAGGCUGUGGCUGAGGAUGAGGCUGUGGUGGUGUCUGUGGCUGGGGAUGAGGCUGUGGUUGUGGUUUUUGCUGUGGUAGAAGAUGAGGCUGUGGUUGUGGUUGUGUCUGUGGCUGUGUUUGUGGCUGUGGCUAUGGCUGUGGUUGUGGUUGUGGCUGUGAAGGAGCAGGUGGGCAAACGUUAUGCUGAGCUGAGAGCAUUGACAUUGCAGGACAAUGAUGGAAACACGAAUUGA